GGGGCGGUGAGGGGAAACCCCCCCCUUCCCCCCACAAGCACCACAACAAAUGGCGGGCAAGUCGGGCAAGCAGAGUGGCGGGAGGCCCGGCCGCGAGGAGCUGCGGCAGGAGGACGUCCUGCAAGCGGUGCUGCUGGCGGACAGCUUCGACCAGCGCUUCGGGCCCGUGACGAGAGACGCGCCCAGGGCACUCUUACCUCUGGUGAACGUGCCCAUGAUCGACUAUGCUCUGGAGAUGCUCACGGCCGCCGGUGUCCAGCAGACGUUCGUCUUCUGCUGCUGGAAAGCGGAGGAAGUCAGAGCGUACAUCAGCAAUUCGCGGUGGAGUGCGCCGGGGUCGCGCAACGUGGUGCGCGUGCUGAGCUCGGAGACGUUCCGCUCGCUGGGCGACGUGCUGCGCGACGUGGACGCCAAGACGCUGGUGCGCUCCGACUUCCUGCUGGUGCACGCCGACCUCGUGUGCAACGCGAGCCUCAAGAGCGCCCUGCAGCAGCACAAGCAGCGGCGCGAGCGAGAGAGGAACGUGUCGGUGAUGACCAUGGUGUUCCGCGAGUGUCGACCGGGCCACCGCGCCCGCACUCGCCACGACGAUGUCGUGGUGGCGGCGGACGCGUGCACGGGGCGCGUGCUGCACUACCAGCGUGCCGCGCCGGGGAAAAUCCGCCUGCCGCUGCAUAUCUUCCAGGGCGGUAGCGGCGAGGUAGAGGUCAGGCACGAUCUCCUCGACUGCCACAUCAGCAUCUGCUCGCCGCAGGUGGCCGAGCUCUUCACAGAUAAUUUCGACUACCAGACGAGGGAUGAUUUCGUCCGCGGGAUCCUUGUCAACGAAGAGAUUCUCGGGAACCAGAUCCACAUGGUGUGCCUGCGCGACUCAUACGCGGCGCGUGCGUCCAGCCUCUACGCCUACCAUGCCGUGAGCUGCGACAUCGUGCGCCGCUGGCCCUGCCCCUUCACGCCCGAAGUGAUGGUGCCGUCGGCGGGAUGCGGGGACGGCUACGCACUGGCGCGCCACAACGUGUACCGUGCGCCCGGCGUGUCGCUGGGGCCCGGCAGCCUCGUGGAGGGUGACUCGGUGAUGGGACAGGACACGACGAUCGGCGCCGGCUGCCACAUCACACGCACCGUCAUCGGCCGCAGAUGCAGCAUCGGUAGCAACGUGCGCCUGGAAGACGCGGUCUUGUGGGACAACGUGACGAUCGCCGACGGAGUCGUGGUGUGCGGCUCCCUCGUGUGUAGCGGCGCCUCCAUCCGGCACAACGUGCGCGUGCUUCCACGCUGCGUCAUCUCCUAUGGGACGGUGGUGGGCCCUGAUGUCUCCCUGCCCGAGGGGACGGCCAUCUCCUUGCAUGUCCCACGCGAUGCCGACGACGACGAUGACUACGACGAGUUCAGCGAGGAGGAAUCGUCUGACCAGGUCAAGGCACCAUCCAAGGACAAAGGCUACAAUCCAGCGGAGGUGGGGUCGGAGGGCAAAGGCUAUGUCUGGAACCUGAUUAGCCGGGGCGAAGCCAAGGAAGAUGAUGCGGACGCGCUCGCAGACGACGUAUGGGGCCUGUCCCUGGAGGAGGUGCCGGAGGAGGAGAGUGAGGAGGAGAGUGAGGAUGAGUCUGGCAGUGACGUGUGUGAUGGGAAAAUGUCUCCACCGCCAGACGACACGAAGAUGUUCUACAACGAGGUGCUUGACAGCCUGCAGCGGGGGGCCGAGGAGAAUGUGUCAUGCGACAACCUCGUACUGGAAAUCAAUUCGUCUAAGUACGCGUACAAUGUGAGCCUCAGGGACGUGAUGCAGGCGCUGACCCGCGGAGCGGUGGAUGUGGUGCUGGGGCGCACGAGCAAGAUGGUGCAAGCGUCCGAGUUCAUGAAAGCUCUCAAGCCUCUGCUGGUGCAGUGGACGCCGCUGUUCCGUAACUACGUGAAGCGUCUGAGCGACCACAUGGAUGUGCUGGCCGUGCUGGAGGAAGCGGCGUUCGCUGUCCCGCAGGUGCACGCCGCCCUCGCCACGAUCCUGAUGACGAUGUACGAAGAGGAGGUGCUGGAGGAGGAAGCCAUCAUGAGGUGGUUCACUCAGACUGAUUGCUCGGAGAAAGCCCGGCAGUUGCGGCAUUUGCCUUCGAUCCAGAAGUUUGUACAGUGGCUACGAGAAGCUGACGAGGAGUCAAGCGACGAGAACUAAAUAUCAAUCGGUAGCACGUCAAAGUUUCAUCCGCCGCCGUCCCCUCUCUUUACAAAAAGGGACAAUGGAACUGGCCCUACACCAUCUUCUUCAGGGCCUCCAACGCUGCACGGCAUAGGCCCAAACCAUGCAACACGCGUGGAUUGGAGCGGCCAAGCCUGCCCUCUUAAUUUUGACAAUUUUUUUUUUAAACAAACGCGCUUCAUCCCUUUGGCAGAUGUUUUAUGAUUCGCGAUGUUGCUGCCUGUAGCGAUGGUUAAUAUAGUAAUAAAUAACUUUUGGAGAGUUGUGGCCAAACAAUUAAAGUCAGUGUUGUGUACUGAUUUCUAAUAAGUGCUGAGAUCUUUCUGGUUUUGCAUGGUGCAGUCUUACGUGCGGUAUUCUGCAAAUCCAGGCUCAAAAUAUGCUCCAAAUUUGUGGCUUCAGAAACAAGGAUUUUGGGCUCCCAACCCUUAUAAUCCAGGUUCUGUCAACCAAGCUCCGGAUUCCUGACUCCAGGAAUCUAAACCAGUAGUUGCCAAACUCCCUGACCCGACAAACCACAUACAAAACAUGGAAUGCAACCAAGAGCUACAAGACACGUGGUCAACGGACUGGUUUGCUCGUGCUGGUUGGCUCUGGAGUUUUGAAUAAAAAAAACUUAUCUUCUGGAGCAGUUGUGUCUGGCUCUGUUGUCCAGGAGAAAAGUGCCCUUGGCUGCUCUGGCCUCGGAAGAUUUUUCCUGCUUCAAAUAAAAUUCCGUUAUCUCUUUCGAGCGGCACUUUGAACAGCCCGGGAUGCACAUGCGUCCUUGGGAACCGUGUUUUGGCAACGCCUGAUAACGAUUGUAAUCCAGGCUGGAAACAAACUGGCUCCAGUUACCGCUCGCACCCAGGGCAUUGCGCCUACAAUAUCCUCACAUUCAUUCGCAAUCUCUCUCCGCCAGUAAAAAAAAAUCUAAUGCCCAGAGUGGAUCACCAUGUUCACCAUUCAGUGCCACGGGUGGAGACAAUUGUCCCAGAAGCGUCCUGUGACUAGAGUGGUGGAUUCUUAAAGGAACGCGUUUCCUCCAUCUCUUAUUUUCAACUCGAACCACAGCGAUGAUGUGCGUGAGCUGUUUCCCAUGGUACCAUCAAGUUUCUGAGACUGCCUCUGUAGGUCGUUUCAGUAUUGUUAUGUUAUCUAUGGGGUUUUCUGCGUGCAUUUUGCCUCUUUUUCCCACAAUUCAUAACAAAGUUUGGUACUCUAAACAUAAAUUUGGCUUAACAUUCUGAGUACGACCCCUCCUUUUGGAAUGUAUUUUUGACAAACGAGGCAAUCCUGGAAUAACAUUUCAACGUAAGGGUUUUAAGCGAUCACGUGCGGCCGCGUAGCGCAGAGGUGUUCUGUUUGGAUUGCACUUUGUAAAUGUGUCGAGCGGAUCAAUGUCGCACUGCCUACACGGCGAAUAAACAAGCGUAAAGAGCAAAA